AUGAAAAGAACAGAGAACCUAUCAUUUGUCCUGGAGGGUGUCCAGAAACUGAAAUUCGAAGACCGUCCGGUCCCUCAACUACAAGAUCCUCAUGACGUUUUGGUCAGAGUGAAAUUCACAGGAAUUUGCGGAAGCGAUGUACACUACUGGAAUUGCGGCCAGAUCGGACCCUUCAAGGUCGAGAAGCCGAUGGUCCUUGGACACGAGUCCUCCGGCAUUGUGGAGCGAAUUGGAAGCAAGGUCACAACAUUGAAGGUUGGUGAUCGGGUCACAAUGGAGCCAGGCGAGCCCUGUCGGCGAUGCGACGCAUGCAAGAUUGGAACGUACAACCUUUGCCCCGCGAUGGCAUUUGCUGCUACUCCGCCUUAUGACGGUACCCUGGCACAGUACUACCGUCUGCCGGAGGAUCUCUGCUACCAGCUUCCGAAUAGUAUGAGUCUGGAGCAGGGAGCACUGGUGGAGCCACUCAGUGUUGCUGUUCAUCUUGUGCGCCAGGCGAAUGUGUCGCCUGGUUCAUCGAUUGUCGUGUUUGGUGCCGGGCCAGUUGGGCUACUAUGCCGCGCUGUUGCGAAAGCAUUCGGAGCAACAAAAGUCAUUGCUGUUGACAUUCAACCAGGAAGACUGGAGUUUGCGAAGCGAUUUGAGGCGACGUCUACCUUCCUUCCUGGAAGUGGGUCUGCAUUGGAAAAUGCGACGCGCUUGAGGACUGAGAACGAUCUUGGAAAUGGUGCUGACUUUGUGAUUGACGCGUCUGGGGCUGAAGCAUCUAUCAAUACUGGUAUCCAUGUGCUUCAACCCGGUGGCACCUACGUUCAAGGCGGAAUGGGGCGCGAUGAAGUUAACUUCCCUAUCACCGCCGCAUGCACGAAAGAACUGGUGAUCAAGGGCAGCUUCCGGUAUGCCAGUGGUGAUUAUAAGCUCGCCAUCCAGCUUCUUGCUUCACAACAAGUCAAGGCACAGGAGCUGAUAACGGAAAUUGUGAAAUUCGAGGACGCUGAGCGGGCUUUCCAGAAUGUUAAGGCUGGGAGAGGGAUUAAAAUUCUCAUCGCUGGACCUGAAGAGUGA